UAUUUGACUGGCCGGCAAAGCGAUAGACUUGUUGUUCUUUUAAGCGCAAAACCCAGUAUCGAAAAGCCAAAAUUAUUAGGGAUUCCACUUAUCCAGCUUUCAACAGGCUCACAGCAGUCUUCAGCUGUAAUUGAUACGUGAAAUAGCUGGAAGUGUUUAACCCUUUUAAUAAGAAUGGUGUUCGAUACAACGUCGUCCAAUACGGGAAAACAUGCCGGCUCUUGCAUCAGUCUAGAAUCGGCACUAGGUCGUUCUAUAAUGUGGUUAGCGUGUAGACACCAUGUCUAUGAAAUACAUGUGAAGCAUGUAUCUGAUCACAUCAAUGGUGCCAGGAACAGUCCCUCAGAUUCACUAUGUGUACGAUUCCAAAAAGACUUUAACAGUCUUGAUAAAUCGACGGAGGACUUGGAAAUGCUAGAUCAUAGUGAACUAAGCAACGACUUGGAAAAUUUGGCCAGUUCUGUAAUCGAGUGGGGUACUAGGAUACUCGAAGAAGACGUAUUUUCUCGAAGCGACUAUAAAGAGCUGCUUGAACUAACUUUGGUCUACUUGGGCGGUGUUGUCUUUCCAUUUAGUUUUCACAAACCAGGUUGA